AACUCACCAGUCCCAGCCAUAAGUUUGAAUGCACAGAGAAGAAGUCUUUAUGAGUUCAGCCGCCUCAAAUCGUCCUCAUCUAAAGAAAUCAGACCGUUAGUCCAUCCUUUCUUCAUGUUUCCAACAGGAGGGAAAGAGUAAACCUGCAGUUUUUUUUUUAUCAGAGUUUCAGACAAGAAAAAAUGCAAGAGAUGGACAGUGAUACAGAGCAGAGAUGACCCACAGUUUGACACAGAGGCAGCAGGAGGACGUGAAAAGACACUGGAGAUGGCAUACAAACAAAACACAGCAAGAAUGAGUCAAACUUCAGUAGAGCUUGAGAUCCUGCCUAAACUGUCGCUUCAGCCACCGUCACAAUCAGAACCUGAGAGGAGUUCUCCUCAGCCUCCACAUUUAUCACAGCUUCCACCCUCUGCUCAAGAUACCCAUCAGCAACAGAACCAAGUCCAUCCUGCUCGACAACAAGAGCAACCGUCGACCCUCGAGCACCAAGAAAAGCCGCUGUGGAUAAAACAUCAGCGAGUGCUUCUCCUCAUUUUAGUAUUGACUAUCUGCGCUGCUAUUGUAGGACUUUUCUACUACUUUCACAGUCUCCGCAGGAACAGUACAGCCACGGUGAGCCCGUGUCUGUCCCCGGCCUGUCAGUGGGCCGAAGCACGUCUGUCCACGUCUCCUGAUCCCUUCACUCAGCCCUGUGAUCAGUUCUCGUCCAAAUGUGGAUCUAGAUCAUCACAUAAGAGCGGGGGCAGACAAAGAGGUGAGGGUAUACCAGGCCAUCCACAAAACUGGAUGGAAAAGUCAGCUUGGCCAGAGACGCAAAGUGAGGAAACAAUAAACAGAAGGCCGGUGGAGGACAAAAUCCUGAGCCGAAAAACUGCACUGCUGCAGAACCUCAGGAAGAUUUUAGAGACCAACAAGCAAUCAAACAGUUCAGCCAUUCAGAAGACUCAAGACUUCUAUCAUUCCUGUAUGGACACGAGAUCAAUAGAAACCACAGGAGCAGAGCCCUUCCUCAAACUCAUCCAAACGUUGGGAGGCUGGGCUGUAUCAGGGCAGUGGAAUAAGACAGAUUUCAACACCACACUGGGUUUGUUAAUGAAAGACUACAACACUUUCCCAUUCUUCAGUCUCUACGUGGGCAAGGACCCAAAUGAAACCGCCAGCGGGAGGACUAAAAGAUACAUACAGAUUGAUCAGCCGGAGCUGUUGAUCCCGAUUGUAUGGAACAACAAAUCACAAACGUCUAGAGCUAAACCUCAGGCUUUACGUCCCUUCUUGGCAUCGUGCCAGAAUUACCUGGCUCUUCUGGGCUCGCCGCAGAGCGAAAUUAUGAACCAUGUUGGCCUGUUUAUCUCUUUGUCCUCUGAACUCGCUGUAGCAGCUUCGCCUCUGCACUACCGCCAGUCAAGAGGACAGCUCCAUCAGCGCAUGACCAUAAAAGAACUGCAGAAACAAGCCCCUGCCAUAAACUGGUUAGAUUCUCUGAAGACUGCCUUCCACCCUCUUCAUCUCCACGAAGACAAUCACAUCCUCCUCCAUAACCUACCUUACAUCAUUCAGAUGUCCCGCACCGUAAACAAAUGGUUGAACAAACAAGACCUGAAAAACAGCGAUCCUCUUCACACAUUCAUGAUCUUCAAUCUUCUACACACAUUGAUGCCUGCCAUGGACUCCCGGUUUUCUCAAACUGCCAGGAAUUUUUCCCUGGCUUUAGGUCAAGUUGAGGAGGAAGUCCCUCGAUGGAAACUAUGCGUGUUGGAAACCGAAAGAGGUUUCGACUCAGUUCUAAGUCACAUUCUCAGUAAAACAACAGCACAUAGAGAGGUAGAUGAGGUUAUUGAAAAUGUCCUUUUCUCCUUCAAAUCCAAAUUAAAUGAGCCCAAGUGGUCAGAUCAGAAGUCUUUUGGGCUUCUUGUGAAAAAGGUUCACUCUUUAAUCCCCAAACUGUGGACUUCAAAGGAAAUCUCUGGUGAAGAUGAGCUUGAUCUUUUUUUUUCUCAGGUGACAGUAAGCACAGGAAGCUUCUUCUCCAACUACCUUCAGCUGCUGUCUCUGUGGCAAAAGAGGCGCAAUAAACUUCUGACUCCACCAAUCAUGGCUGCUGAUAUUUUGUCUGUCACACCAGUUCUCCUGGACAAAGAGCUACUUUUUCCAAUGGGAAUGUUCUCACCUCCUUUUUUUCAUUCCACCUAUCCAAAAGCCAUGAAUUAUGGUGCAGUGGGUUUCCUUCUCGCCAAAGAUAUCUUUCAUCUGCUCGUGCCUGAGAUUUACACUCACAAUGAGAUGGUACAUGCUGUGGGGGAAUGUGUGUGGGCUCACUACCUCAGUGCAACUGAAAAAGCAGGCAGAGGCGGAGCGCCACCGCUGUCUGCAGAGCAGCAGCAGGAAGUGUGGGUGCAGUACUCUGCACUGCAGGUAGCACUGCAGGCGUAUUAUCGUAGUCUAAACCAGCGCCCUGCUGACACAUCCCUUUUAGGGAUCCAUCACACUCAUCUGUUUCUCAGAGCUUUUUCUCAGAUCAACUGUGAUGCUGACCCAUUCAGUGAAUCCAUGCCCCUGGAUCCAUCCUUCUUCAUCACAAUUGUUUGUGCCAGUUCUAACUUGUGUCCUUCAAGCCUACAAUGUUCCAUCAAACCUCAGCAAAAAUCACAAACUGAUUGUGUUUAAUACACAGGUUUUUAUUUCUAAAAUAAUUUGGGACUACAGAUGUUAUAAUUAUCUUAAAAUUUACAGUCUAAUACUUUUAUUUUUGUAUCUGCAAAUUGCAUUAAUUGCACAUGAUGUAUAAUAUUAAUGUAAAUAGAAAAAAUGUAAGUGUUUUAUUUUUCAUUUUCUGUAAAGGACAAAUUUCUCCCCAAUAAUCUACCUGUUCUGAAGUAAACUGUCCCCUGUGAAUGAUUUAUUAAUCCUGAUUUUAAAAAAUCUGUCAAUGAUUUUACUAAUAUGGCAAUGCCGAAAAUAGUGACCGCGGGCAAAUGCUGAUAUAUCCCACUAAAAUGCAACGGGUGAAAUAUUCCAUAAUUUAGUGUCUUUGGGCCUCUUACAUKAAUAAAAUGUUGAACUGAUAA